UUCAAAGGCGAAAAAUAUAAGAUCAGAUAAAUACGGCGGUCUGAUUGGCGAUACGACCGCCACACUUACAAAACCCUACUCUUUUCUCUUUCUUUAACGACAAACAUUAUUACUUCUCUUCUCUACUAUCAGCAGCUAUCCACUCCUAUUGCCAAAUCACAAUAAAACUUUUCAGAGCAGAAGCUGCUGCUUUUCAGGGUCUCAUUUUUAUCACUCAACAAUCAAUCAGCUAUAUGGAUCGGUAUCAGAGGGUAGAGAAGCCAAGGACUGAUGCGCCGAUUAAUGAGAAUGAGAUUCGUAUAACCACUCAGGGGAGGAUGCGGAACUACAUUACUUAUGCCAUCACUCUCGUCCAGGAGAAAGGAGCUGAUGAGAUUUCUCUCAAGGCAAUGGGCAGAGCUAUUAACAAAACUGUUAUGAUAGCUGAAUUAAUUAAGAGAAGGAUUGCUGGUCUCCAUCAAAUUACAUCUAUUGGUUCUGCCGAUAUAACAGAUAUGUGGGAACCACUAGAAGAAGGCCUCCUCCUUCUUGAAACUACCCGCCACGUGUCAGUGAUUACGAUUACCUUGUCAAGAAAAGAGCUUGACACAUCAUCCAUCGGGUAUCAACAACCUAUUCCAGCUGAUCUAGUGAAACCAUUAGUAGAAUACGAUCAUGAAGGAGAUGGCUCACCUAACAUGCGUGGAAGAGGCCGUGGUCGUGGAAGGGGUAGAGGUAGAGAAUUGUACUUUUUUGUAGGAAAUUAUAACAAUGGAGGGAUCGAGUACAAUGGAGAUGGUGGGUGGGAAGAUGGGCAAGGAUAUGGUGGUGGAUGGGAUGACGGGCGUGGUUUUGGUGGAAGAGGGCGGGGACGAGGAAGAGGUCGUGGCGGUUACCGUGGACGUGGUGGUGGUGGUGGUGGUUAUCGUGGCGGUGCUCCACCACAAGAAUUCGGUGGUUAUAAUGAUUAUGGUGGAUCCGGGCAAAUGCCUCCUCCCGGACGUGGGCGUGGGCGUGGUCUUUGGCGGGGAAGAGGUGGUGGCCGGGGACGUGGCGGUGGUGGUCGGGAUUUCAGAUCAGACGCACCACCCGUCCAAGCUGUAGCUUGAGCCCUGAAUUUGUGAUGUGUGUGUUUCUUGGGUGAAAUAUGGUGGAUGCCUGCUCUGAUAAUUAUUAUGACAAAAAAAGAAAAAAAAGAAAUUUGGAGCAUAUAAUUGAUUAAAGCUGCUGUUGUGAUGACGUGGCGGGGGGUAUUUUUGUAGUUUUAGAAUUAAGUAAGUAGGUAGCAAUUUGGUUAUUACAGAAACUUGUACACCAUUUUUCAUAGGAAAUAAUAGAGCAGUACAUUCUUUAUUCAA